GGCACCCCUACAUACCCAUCCCUACUUUAAAUAAAAAUAAACAAAUGUUUUAAUAUAUUAUACCCAAAAAUUUUGAGCACUGCAAUCUAUGCAAUUAAAAAUAUAAUCACGACAAAAACAAGUAAAUACCAAAUAAAAACAAGUAAUUCCAAUGGCUGCUGAGUUUUUAAGAAAAAAUAGGAUAAGCUUUAGUAAUGAUAAAUAGCAAAGUAACACAAAAAACCAACCGACAAAGUGCAAAGUAUCUAUACCAUAAUAGAAAUACAAUAAAAUAAAUACACACCAGUUUUAUAGGAUAUUUAUUUCAUCAUUCAUCAUAUUUCUUAUUUUGCCUCCAUUUCGUAUCUACACAAUGCCCACGAAGGCAAACGGCGUCAUGAGACAGAUAGAUGUGGAAGUAGAGGAUUAAACAAAGAUGGACUUACUUGGCGGCUUCCGUGCUCUCGCUACGUUUUACCACUUUUUACGACGACAAUUUCGCCAAUUUUUUGCAGCAAUCCGGCUCGAUCAGAUCAAAUUUAUAGGGAGUUUUCUCGUUAUGUAGGUUUGGGCACAUUAAUAAAAGCCAACUUGCCUUUUGAUACGCGUUUAAUAGAAAAUGUAUCUAAAGCCGGGAACACAUUGUUUUGAUGCUACACGCUACACCACGCCAUGCCAUCCGACAUAAUCUAUCAGAGAUGUACUUUGUGCACACUGUUCCCUCGUCAUCCGAUACGACGCGACGCUACGUUAUAUAAAUGAUAGAAAAUGAGACCAGUUUGAGUUCAGACACUAUGGCGAGUAGUAGUUCCUCAGAUGAGUGGGAAGAAGAACUAGAAUGUGAAGUAUCAGCUUUACUGUUGUUAGAAAAGAAACAAAGAAGAAAAUGUUGGUUACAUCCAAUAAAUUUAGAACGUCACUUUCAUGGAGAAUAUCACACGCUAAUUGAUCUUCUCGAAAUGGGUGACAAUAGUGACCGGUUCCACAUGUAUUUUCGAAUGAAUAAGGAGCAGUUUGAGAAUUUGCAUUCAUUAGUGGAAAUGAAUAUUAAAAAAAUUAAUACAACCUUUAGGAAGGCCAUAUCAACCAAUGAGCGACUAGCGAUUUGUCUAAGAUUUCUUGCAACCGGAAACUCAUUUAGAUCUUUGGGCUUCAAUUACAGAAUGGGGUUCAGUACAGUACGGCAAAUAGUUAAAGACGUAUGUCAAGUAAUUGGGCAAGUAUUGAAACCUAUGGUGAUGCCAUCACCGACUACUGAAAUGUGGAAAGAUAUUGUCCAAAGUUAUGAACGACUAUGGAACUUUCCGCAUUGCUUAUGUUGUCCUAUUAAUGCUGGUUCUGAAUAUUACAAUUAUAAAGGGGCCCACUCAAUAGUUCUGCUAGCCCUUGUUGAUGCCAAUUAUAAGUUUAUUGUUGUCGAUGUAGGAGCAUAUGGAAAAAACAGCGAUGGUGCCAUUUUUUCAAAUUCUUUGUUAGGCAAAUCAUUAGCUAAUGGCACGUUCAAUGUACCUGCCGAUGAGAAACUAACAGCACAUGGAGAAGAAUUACCUUACGUUAUAGUUGGCGAUGAAGCAUUUCCGUUAAAAUCUUAUCUUCUGCGCCCUUAUAGUAGAAGAAAUCUUGGCGGAGAUGAAUCCAAAAAAAUUUUUAACUACCGUCUGUCAAGGGCUCGAAGAGCCGUAGAAAACAGCUUUGGGAUUUUAGCUGCUCGCUGGAGAAUUUUUCUUCGAUACAUAGAAGUUCAGCCAGGCACAGCACAAGAUAUUAUUUUAGCAGCCGUAUGUUUGCAUAAUAUGUUGUCAAAAACGUGACUUUGAACCGGAAAAUGAUUAUUCAAAUCAGUCUAAUUCUUGUUUUACUUCAGUACCACCCAUUCGGCAAAAUUGCACAGAGCGGGCAAUGUUUGUGAUAAAUUUAAGGAAUAUUUCAACUCCCAAGAGGGCAGCGUACCUUGGCAGACCCAAACCGUGAGACGCGGAAGAAUACAGUGAAGUUGUAAAAAUAUAUUAUUAAUAAAUAUAGAAAAUUU